UGCUCUGUAAAAGUCAGAAAAACACAAAUUGUAUUUUCAAUUGGACAUUUCGCAAAGUAAACAACCAAAAAAUGUCGCGACAAGCCUCCCGUUUGGACGCCAAGAAAGUGAACUCGGAGUUCCUGACACUCACCUAUGGAGCACUUGUCACUCAGAUGCUUCGGGACUUCGAGAACGCGGAGGAUGUAAAUAAGCAGCUGGAGCGGAUCGGCUACAACAUGGGCAUGCGCCUCAUCGAGGACUUUCUCGCAAGGACAUCGGCUCCCCGCUGCCUGGAGAUGCGCGAGACGGCCGAUCGUGUGCAGCAGGCAUUCCGCAUUUAUCUGAACAUCCAGCCCACCAUUUCAAACUGGUCGGCGGCCUCCGAUGAGUUCUCGCUGCUGUUCGAUAGCAACCCGCUAACGGAGUUCGUCGAGCUGCCGCCGGAUCUGACCAAUCUGCGCUACAGCGCCAUCCUCAGCGGUUGCAUCCGCGGCGCCCUGGAGAUGGUGCAACUGGAGGUGCAGUGCUGGUUCGUGCAGGAUCAACUAAAGGGCGACAAUGUGACGGAGCUGCGCGUUAAGUUUGUGAGGCGGUUAGAGGAGGUCAUACCAGCUGGCGAGGAUUAGAAAACCAGUGUAGAAUUCUAAGAGUUCUUUCCGAGGGGAGCGUCAAUAAAAGCACAUUCAUUUAGCAUCUAGUUAUCUGUUCGAAACUGCAAUCCACAUUCCGCAGCAAAAGCAACAGCAGCAGAAGCAACAAGCAACAUUCAAAGGAGCAGCAGCGACGCAACAGCAAUAUCGGAUCGAUAAGAAUCGUUACAAGUUUAGUUGUAUGUUUAAUUAGACUUCAUACAGAUAAUAUAUUUUUUGGGUUUAUAAGAAAACAAUAUAAAGUGUCAUAAACUCGA